UAAACCGCCUUUCUACAAACACCUUUCCUCCCCCUACGUCUUUUCUUCAGCCGGUCUUUGUCUUUCCCCCAAAAUCAAGCCCUAAAGCCUGAAUUAAAAAAAAAAAUUUUAAUCCAAUAUAAGGAAAGGAAGAGGAACAUCUCGUUCUCUUUAUCGAAACUGCGACGAAUUUCUUUGAAAAAGAUCGAAGAAAAUGUCAGAUAAACCUUCUCCUCCUCGAGAGUCGGUCGUCAUCCGAUCCGUUUGGUCCGAUAAUUUGGAGUCUGAAAUCGAAUUAAUCAGAUCCAUAAUCGAUGGCUUUCCGAUAAUUUCCAUGGACACGGAGUUCCCUGGCAUUGUCGUCAGACCUACUUCCCCCUCUGGCGACCAAUACGUCCGCCCAGGUAAUGCUACGGCGCAUUAUAGAAGCCUCAAAGCGAACGUCGAUUUACUCAAGCUGAUCCAACUUGGCCUCACUUUAUCCGACGGUGACGGAAAUUUACCAGAUCUUGGCACCGAAAACCAGUUCGUUUGGGAAUUCAAUUUCAAAGACUUCGAUGUCGCGAAUGAUGUCCAUGCACACGAUUCCGUCGAGCUUCUCCGUCGUCAAGGCAUAGAUUUCGAAAGGAACCGGGAAUUUGGGAUAGACUCGGUCCGGUUCGCGGAACUGAUGAUGUCAUCGGGACUCGUCUUAAACGACGCCGUUACGUGGGUCACUUUCCACUGCGCGUACGAUUUCGGAUACCUCGUGAAAUGUUUAACGAGCAAGCUAUUACCGGACCAACUCACUGAGUUCUUGAACCUCGUUCGCUUGUUCUUUGGAGACAGAGUCUACGACGUCAAACACUUGAUGAGGUUCUGCGCUGGAUUAUAUGGAGGGCUCGACCGUGCGUCUAAAGCACUGGGGGUGAAGCGUACCAUUGGAAAGAGUCAUCAGGCCGGUUCCGAUAGCUUGCUGACGUUGGACGCGUGGUUGGAGGUCACGAAAAGGUAUUUUGUGAAAGGAGAUCCGAUUGAGAAGUAUGCUAAUGUUCUAUAUGGCUUAGAAGUUGACUCUUCAUGAAUUUUAAUGAAUUUCUUUUGAUGGCUUCAUGUUUGAAAGAAAUCUCAUUGCAUUUGUAGAUUCUUUGCACAAUUGUUUUUAGAUAGUUAGAUUUUUGUACACAGUUUAUGGGUUAUUGAUCAAUCAUCAAUAUGAAAAGUAGUUCAGUUUACUUCUUUUAAUUUCACAUUUCCUAUGUAGCAAAUACAUGUUUCUUGUUUUAUAUUUUGUUUAUUGUUUAUUUUAAUGGUAAGAGAUGGCAAGAGAAAGCAUGUGGCUAGACUUAGGCCGUUCGGGAAGGUAAAGUUGGACCAUGUUUGAAUUCAGUUGUACUGAAUUUGGGGUUCAUAUUGGGCAUUGCGUAAAGGUGGAAUUUGGAAAAUUUUGCAAAAUUAUACCCUUUUUCAUCCUGGUUGAAAGAUGUGUUUAGUUUAUUCCUUGGGAUGAAUGUAAAAGUUAGUUUUAUCUCUGAAUGUUGAAUUUUUUAUUAGUUUGUGUGAAAUAAUGCUUCGCACUUUGGAGUGUUUGGAAGAGAAAUUCUGAUAAGAAUGGCUUGAAAUUUUAGCUUUCACUGUUUGAUCAAUACCAUAGACUGCUGAGAAAGGUUGAUGCAGAAUUUGGGAGAUUAACAGUGGUUUCUGAUGAUUUAAUUGUAAAACUGAGCUAACUGUGGUACACUCUUUUUCUUUUUAAACAUGUUAGGAAGGGUCAAAGAUGUUAGUUGGUAUCUGAAGAGAACAGGAAACUUCUGGUGUCAUUUUUAUGAUUCUAUAACUGUCAGUUCAACAUCAAAGUUAUACUGUUCUGAGUAGCGGAUGAGAUUAGGUUAGCCAGCAGAUUGUUAUAGGUUUAAGGACUUAAGGACCCAAUUUUUUGGGGUUAGAUACAGUCAAUUGCUUCUUUCCUUGUUUAGGCAUCUUGUAUGAGAAUUUCAUAGUGGUUUGCCUUGGCUUUUCAAUUGGUUGCAAUAUGUUUAGUUGACAGAUGCAGUUAUCAACUUAUAGUUUUCUGAUUAUUACGUUGGUUAACUUGAUUUUCUUCACAGUAAUCAGGAUGAGAACCUGGCUGUGCUUCAAGUUUGUUGUCGUAUAAAAUAAAAUAGGAAUCGUAGAGGGAAAUUGUUGGGUGACUUAAAGGUUGAUACACACUAAGAAUGAGUGAAAAACGAGAGAGAUAAAGUCAAGUGGAUUGAAAUAAAUUUGUGCUAGUAAUCAUCUUGGUGUUAGUUACCUAAGAAUAUCAAGAUGGGGAUUUUUCUCACUGAGUGUAGUUGGUAACUGUUUUAGGUUCUUUUCAUAUGGAGAGCAAUGGCAUGAAUAAAAGAUUAAAAAUAGAGCUGAGAAGAUAAGGUAAGAGUAUACCAGUCUAAGAAGAAUUAUAAAAAAUGGCAAGCAUAGUGGAUGGUCCUAACCAUUAGGAAUCUCAAUCCAUAUUGCUUGAUUUAUAAAGUUUGUGCAGUAUUCUUUAAGUGCUCACACUCCAGGUAACAUGUGUUUCCCAUACUGCUAUAAAACCUUUCACGUUCAGAUUUGCACCUUCAGGGACAGUCUUGUGUUGUGUGCUACUUUUGAUUAGUUAAGAUCUUAAUAGUUAUUAUUGCUAAAACACCAGCUAUACAGAUAUGUUGUUUAAUCUAAUUCAUAUAUGCAAUUGCUAUGUCACUCUCUCACUUACAGCUGAAAACUGGUGGUGCAUUUGCUACUUUUUCGGUUGAAUGAAGAAUCUAUUUCGUUUUAUGCUUGCUUAUGCAGAGAUCAUCACUCAUGAAAGUUUGGUUUGUGAUCUUUCAUGCAUUUAGCUAAUUAACAUGAAGAGAGGGUUCUUAUACAUUGUAGAUAGAUGAUUCUCAAGUAAUAUACUUGCUUCUGAUGUAAAUACUUGCAUUUUCUUUUUAUGAUUUUGCCAAACAACUGAUUCUUGCAAUAAAAGUCACUUUCAAGGCCUUUGGCUUCAGUGCAGAUUUGUAGCCUGUUGCCUUUGGGAAAGAAGAAAAAAACAUUUUAGAUUUCUGGAUAUUUGUCCUCUUCAAUUUCAUUUGUGCCUAAUGAUUGUUGUUAAGCGGUUGAAGUUAUGUGAACUUCUGGAGAAUCUUUGUCUGUCAAAAGAAAAUUGUUUAGCUUGUUGAUCUCUCCCACAUAAAGAUAAAGGGAAAAUGUCUAAUGUUAGGGUUCUUUCAGAAUCUGCUAAUGGCAUGGUUGAUGAUUUAAGCAUACAAGUUUGUGGAGGCCAAGAAGGAGCUUAACAUGUUUAUUUUCUGCCUGUUCUAAACCACCCUGACCAGAAACAAGAAACAAAGGGAAAAAAAAAUCUGAAGCUUAUCCUGUAUCUUCCACGGUUAAAGUCAACAAUGUGCUUCCAAAGAAUUUUGGUGCUGGUGCUCUACCCCAUUUCGUAUCCACUAUCUCACAAAUUAAGUUGCUAGGCUAGAACCUUUAACUCUGGGUCAAGAUCCGUGGUUCAAACCACUGCAAAUACAAUUCAGCAUACUGACCUACAGCUUGCAGAAUAGUUAAUGGGUUUUUUUCUUUGAACUUUUUUGUUUUUCACUUUAUUAAAAAAUAAAAAAUAAAUAACAAAAACACCAAUCAACCAUAGUUCUUGUAUUUGUUUAAUUCAGGUUAGUGGCAGAUGAAUUUAUCUUGUAUGAAUGGGGAAAGUGAAAAAUGUUAGAACUUAUGUUUGAUGGCCCAGUAACAACAAUGACAGUCUUUUGAACCCUGUCAGCUCAGAUCAGAUCAUAUCAGCUAUAUUUAGAGAUCCAUAGUGACUUGAGUAAGAUUAAGAAAAUAAUGGAUUGUCUUUUCAUACAUUAUUUAAGUGCCCCAUAUACCUAAGGAGUAGGGAGUGAUUUCAAGAAAUUUGCAACUAAUAAUAAUUUGUUUUAUAAAUGAACAUUUUCUUACUUAAACAAUAUAACUUUAGCUUUUGUAAUGGACUAUCUAUGAAAAUUUAUCAAGGCGGAAAAAAUCAUUAAUGAUGAUAACAAUUUGGUAAAACCAAAUGAUAUAAUGUCUUUGUGCAUCAACGAGUGGUGGAAGAAGAUAUGGGACUGGUAUAAUGUUUUCUCCUGUCUUGGUCAAUCGAAGUUUACUUCUCUUUACUUAUUUUUGGUGGUGGGCGUUUGGACUGGUUAGGGGAUAUAUAUGUGUUGAUAUCUAUAGUAAACCCAAGGACAAAAAUGAUGAUACUAUUUCUCAGGUUGAGCUGAAUAUGUCUGUCGAUUUGUGUAUGAUUGUCCCUUCACUUACAAUUUUUCUAGGUUUGUGUUUGUCUUGCAGGAUUUUGGCUGAUUUGAACAGAAAUCCUAUUAAUGUAUUCAUUCUGGUUUCUUAUGUUUAUAACUUUCUUGCAGAAUAAUUGUACAUGCUCAUAUUUUUGCCUAUAUAAUAUACCUAUGUGGUGAAUGGAGUGAUGCAUAAAAAUGUCCGUUUAAACCUUCCCUUUGUACCAAUUCAUCAUUGAAAGAUAAAGACACUAAACUCCAGGAAUUACUUGCAAAUGUUUUUCUCUUAAUUCCCAUUUGAGCCUUUGAAUAAAAAUUGCAGCAUGUCUGCAGGGUUGAAACUUACCAUUGACUCUCAUGAUCGAUGAAUCCUGGUACAUAAUUUACAAGUUUGGAAUUAGAUAUUUGGUAAGGUUUUUCUAGGUUUCUCUAACUAGCCAAUUUUCAGAACAUGGCUACAAAAUUCACAAUAU